AUGCCUCCCUGGCUUCAAGGCGAAGCCCCGGGCUUUUCAACUUCACCAUGGACAACCUCAUUGCAGGCUCUCGAGCCACGACGAGUAAAACAUUUCACCAUGGCUCAGCUUACUCCAGACCAAACUUAUGCGAUACACGUUGCGACGCUUGUUGUUGCAUCCGCCAGUAUCCUCGCAACAAUAGUUACUUCUUUCUGGUUCUUCCGUAUGAGGAGAAGUUUUCGCCAUGACGACAUGUUUAAAUCUUUCUGGUUACUUCUGUUCCCAGCCGUCGAACUCGUUGCCGGCAAAAUCGAAACAACCGAAACAUUUUGCCAAGUCAGCGGAUUUUUUCUUGCCCUAAGUAUAGAGGCAUCCGAUGUGUCUGUCGCUCUCAUUUCAGUUCAUACUGCAUUAUUCAUUUUUCGUGGCGAGCAGGGUCUUUACCCCUACCGAAAAGCGGCCUAUGCUUUCGCCGCCAUCCUUCCAGUCGUGAUGGCUUCACUAGCAUUUAUUGAAGGUCCCGGAUACGUCAACACAGGCCAAUUCUGCUAUCUUCCAUUCAACCCCAUGUGGAAACGACUUGCCCUUUCUUGGAUUCCUCGCUACCUCGCCUUUGCAAUCAUUCUUUUUCUAUGUAUAGGUGUAUACGUUUACGUCCGUGUACUGAUGAGUCAGUUUGGUGCGGGAAACGAGAGUUCAAGAAAUACUCUGUCUAAAAUGUCCGGCUUCGAUAGCCUGGAACCAAUACAGCAUCCAGUAGCAGCUGUUCCUCCGACACCAACAAUUAAAUACCACGGACUGAUCCCAUCGUCCAACACUUCGCAACGGAAUUCAUUCACCAUUGCCGAAGACCCUGUCAGGCCCUCUCUAUCUACACUCAACUCAUUUCAUCUGGACAUGCCUACAAGCACGCAUUCCAAGCUUCACUCGGCGCGGAUGGCUCGCCGAGGAUCAGCGCAGAUGUGGAUGGCUAACCAUGGCACUGAUUUGGCCUCGCAGUCAGAGCAAGCAGAAGUCGAUUCUCAAAAUUCUACCGGAACUACACGAUGGGAUUCUGAUGACGUGAUUACCCCUACAACCAUUUACACGAAACCUGAGCAUCAAACCCAAGCACCUCCAGUAACAAGACCGCCCUUGGUGACGCGAAAGUCUUCAUAUCUUUCUACAAAUUCUCCGCCAUCUAUUCCCAACCUAUUCACCAUACUUGACCGCAAGAGGAUGCGUCCAGAGAGCUCGGAGAACGACCUUGUUUUGACUCAGAGCGAUAUCAACGCGCCCGGUACUGUCAAGACGCGCGAGAAGAUUUUGCGCCAACUCCGAUUACUCUUUAUAUAUCCUAUUGUCUAUGUUGUCAUUUGGAUCCUGCCAUUUAUUGUGCAACUCACAGGAUAUGGUAAAGGAGCACCCUAUGGCAUGAGAUUGGCCAGCAUCGUCUUUCUCUGUUUUCAUGGUUUGGCUGAUUCUUUGGUCUUUUGCCUAAAGGAGAAGCCUUGGAAACAUAGUCAAGCGUACAGCCAAAUUUUCAAGCGGUGCAACCUACAGUUUUGGAAAAAGAGUCAGGCAAUUCCCGACGUAGGUGCGAGGGUAGGCCGCACAAGAGAGGAAAUGACACUCGAUUCACGAUUCGCAAAGCAGAGACGAGAACAAGAACAAGCCGAGUGGGAGAUGGAGCGUCGGGCUGGUCAGGAUCGUAAGGCGACCAGAGCAACUGCUGACUGGUGGGAUAGAGAUGAUUGA